AUGACUGGUCGGGCUAUACCAGCUGCUUUACCUGACAAUAUUCGAAACGAAAUAUGUACAGCCAUUCAGACCCUCCAAUCCAAACCUACUAUUCAGACUCAACCAACAGGCAUAACACCAAAUCAACAACCACAAACAACAGGUUUACCAACUUCAUCAUCUUCCUUAGUUCCAUUACCACAACCUCAACGCUCAGCAUCAACCUCCAUGUUAAAUAAUCUUGCUGGUGGUACGUCAUUAUAUACACAACAACAGCCAUCAUCUGUACAAACUGGCAAUAAUCUUCAAAUACCAAUGAUGACUGGAUAUACACCUACACCAGGAGCAAGUUAUCAACAACAAGUGCCAAUGCCGACUGGAAUGCAAGGGAACAACUUGGCUUUCGCUAAUCAAAUGAUGCCAAAUUUCUCGGUGAAUCAACAACAUCAUUAUGAACGACUAGCUGGAAAGGUCAAGAUUCCAUGGGCUGUAACAACAGAAGAAAAGAAACAAUAUAGCAAAAUCUUCAAGGCAUGGGAUUCUGAAAAACAAGGCUUUUUGACUGGUGACAAAGCAAAAGAAAUCUUUACACAAUCAGGAUUACCACAGAAUGUAUUGAUGCAAAUUUGGAACUUGUCAGAUCCCAACAAUCAAGGCAAAUUGAACGUGGAUGAAUUCUCAGUGGCCAUGCAUUUGAUCUACCGAAAAUUGAAUGGAUAUAACGUACCUACAACAUUACCUCCAGAAUUGAUACCUCCUUCUACUCGAGAACUUAAGGAUACAGUCGAUAGUCUCAAGGAUUCGAUUUUGAAGAAUAUUGCUCAAAAAAAAAGUGUGACCAGUUUCAGCGCGUCUCCCACUUCACUUUCAGUGCCAUCUUCUUUUGCCAACCAACGGUCUCGAUCGGUUAGUCCUGGUCCUACACAUCGACGAAAUGGGAAGAAGAAGGAUCAAUAUGCCGCAGAUGAUGAUGAUGAUGAUGAUGUAGGUUAUGUAUCUAGUGCAAGACGUAUGGGUCCUGAUCGAUCACGAUGGAAUUCAAGUAGUGAUGGAACAUCAUCACCAAAAACAUCAAGUUAUGGAUACCGGGGAAAGGCUACUCGUAUUGCAGAACUACGGAAACAAAUUGGAGAUUGUAAAGCUAGUUUGAAGAAAAUGGAUGAAGAAAGCAAGCAAAAAGUACCAAAGAAGUUUGAUGAACUAUCUUAUCUUGAGCAACAAGAUAUCAAUGAAAUCAAAUCAAAAGUGCGAGAACUACAACAAGAAAUCACACGAUCGGGCGCUAAUGGCAACAAAACUACCUGGGAAACGUAUAUUGAUAAGACAAGUGAACUCUCCAAUUUAGCUGAACAAGAAAAGUCCUUAAUGUCAGAAGUCCGUUAUAUGAUUGAUGACACAUUACAUGGAUUAUUGAAACAAGUGGAUGAAACUGAAGAUGAUCUAAAGGCCAAGAAAAUCCAAAAAGCAAAAGCAGAUCAAGCCAAAGCACAAGGUGAACCUAUUGUACCAGAUAAUAUUCAAGGAACUGGACCUAAUGGUGAAGUGACUGAAGCCGACCGUAUUCGAGCCAAAGCUAAAGCAUUGAUUGCUGCCAAGAUGGGCAAGAUCACAGGUCAAACUGGUGGUAGUGCAACUAAGGAAACCACAGCAGAGGCGAUACGUAAGGCAGAAGAAGAACGAGAAGAAUUUCAACUUUAUUGUGAUUCGAUUCGACAAUCUAUUCGGGAACUGGAGGAUGCGGUCAAAGAAGUUGGAAUGGAAACAAGUUUGAUUGGAUUGGAUAUUGGCAAACACAAACAAGAUCAAAAAGUGAUAGAUGAACGUAAUAGAUUCGAAUAUGGUUACAAGGUGGCAACUGAUCUUAAAGAAUUCGUGGAUUUAUUGGCUUUUGAAACGGCAGCAGCUCAAGCACCCGAUGUGGAUCCUAGUUUCGAAUCAAGAUUCCCAGAAUUUGAAUUGUAG